AUGGAAUCCGAGAAAAAAGGAUUUUCCAUUGGAAGGAUAAAUCGUUUUUCUGCCAAUAAUGGAGAAGAUUCAUAUCUUCGCACCUUGCUUACUUUUCAAAGAGGUUGCACCAGUUAUGAAGAUCUUAGAACGAUCAAUGGCGUGGUUUUUCCUACAUUUAAGGAUGCGUGCUAUUCUUUAGGACUUCUGGAUGAUGACAAUGAGUACAUUGAUGCAAUUAAGGAGGCAAGUUCCUGGGGAUCUGCUGCUUAUCUUAGAUGUCUGUUUGCUCUAUUGUUAUUUGCCAACUCAAUGAACAAACCUGAAAAAGUUUGGGAAGAGUGUUGGAAAAUUUUAUCCGACGACGUUGUUUAUCGGCAUAGGAAAAGAAUAGGACGUCAAGAUGCAAUUCUUACAGAAGAGUCUAUAAAAAACAUAACUCUUGAAGAAAUUGAUGAGGUACUGCAGAGCAAUGGGAAAUGCCUCUCUGAUUAUCCGUCAAUGCCACGCAUCAAUAGUGAAACUUUGUUUGAUAUGCAAAAUCGAUUAGUGUUGGAUGAAUUAAUGUAUGACAGAUUUGUUUUGGAAGAGGAGCAUAAAAGACUAAUUAAUUCCCUCACUGAUGAGCAGAAAGCUGUUUAUGAUAAAAUUAUUUCAGCAAUUACGGCAGGUAAUGGAGGGUUAUUUUUCCUAUACGGGUUCGGUGGCACAGGAAAAACAUUUAUUUGGAAUACUGUUUCAGCAUCUAUUAGAUCAAAAGCUGGAAUCGUACUUAAUGUUAAUUCUAGCGGAAUUGCUUCCCUUCUGCUUCCUGGAGGACGAACAGCGCAUUCUAGAUUUCAUAUUCCUAUUCAAAUCAAUGAAGAUUCAACGUGUAAUAUAAGGCCGAAAUCUACUAUAGCUGAGUUGCUGUCAAAAACAAAGUUAAUCAUUUGGGAUGAAGCUCCAAUGGUAGAUAGAUUUUGCUUUGAGGCUCUGGAUAGGACACUGAGAGAUGUUCUUAGAAUUUCUGAUACAAGCUGUGUUGAUAUGCCAUUUGGUGGAAAAGUUGUUGUUCUAGGAGGUGACUUUCGGCAAAUAUUACCUGUCAUUCCUCAUGGCAGCAGACAAGAUAUAGUUCAUGCAACCAUCAAUUCUUCUCAUCUAUGGUCCCAUUGUCAUUUAUUAACUUUGACCAAGAACAUGCGUCUUAAUUCUAGAAGUAGCGCUCACAAUUUAGAGGAAAUAAAAGAAUUUUCUGAGUGGCUACUUAAAGUUGGGGAUGGUAAUCUUGGAGAUGAUGUUGAUGAAGAAUCUAUUAUAACAAUUCCAGAUGAAUUGUUGAUUAGAGAAUCGGAAGAUCCGCUGUCGGAUAUGGUUAAUUUUGUUUAUCUGAAUCUCUUGGAUAAUAUUUUGGAUCAGACCUUCUUUAAAGAACGUGCUAUUCUAACUCCUAAAUUGUCCGAUGUUGCUAUGCUAAACGAGCACCUAAUGUCUAUGAUUCCUAGUGAAGAAAGGACUUUUUUGAGUUCGGAUAAAAUUCUUAAGCAAGGUGGGACUUCCUCUGUUGAGGAUGAUGAAAUCACCCUUGAGAUCUUAAAUACAUUAUCAUGCUCAGGGAUUCCUGAUAAUAAAUUAAUCUUGAAAGUUAAAGUUCCAGUAAUGCUAUUAAGAAAUAUUGAUCAGUCGAGAGGUUUAUGCAAUGGCACGAGAUUGCUUAUUACAAAAUUAGGGAAUCAUGUUGUUGAGGCAAUUGUACUUACAGGAAGCAAAUAUAGGGGAAACUGUGUUAAUCCCUAG